AUGGACGCAGCAGUGCCCAAGCUCUCCGAGCUCCUCCGACAUCCCGAUGACCUCGACAAGAUCGCCGGCCUGAAGCAAGAGUUCAGUCGGAAGAAGAAUGCCGUCGACCUGCAGCUUCGCAGUGGUCUGCGCGAUCAGCUCGAAACCACACAAUCCGGCAUGAAUGGCUUGACCGACGGCCAAAAAACAGUGCAGCUGAUCAAGGAAGAGAUGAUGAAGAUCGACCGCCUCUGCUCCGAGUCCCAGAACAUGAUCAAAGACUUCGCCAGCAUCAACUUCGUUUCCCAAGCCCACCGCAACUUCGGCGCCGUCCAGACCAUGCGCAGGAAUCUCGAGACCUUCAACGAGCGCCUCUCCGUAGUCGAGGACAUGCUCCGGCAGGACGAGGUCGACAAGGAGAACAUGCCGAACCUGCUGCCCAUCCACUACGAGCUCACCCAACUGCGAAACAUCCGCGACGACGCCAUGGAACAGAUCCGGCGGGCAGAGGACCCCAGUCUCCAGUCCACCCUGGAGGACUACUUCCAGAGGCUCGACGACAUGAUCGACUGGUUCGACAGCCACAUUGGUCUUCUGGCCCUGAACCUCAUCAACCUAGUGGUCAACGACAACAACGGGCUCGUCGUGCGCUUUGCCGUCAUCAUCGAAUCCGAGGAGAAGAGCGAUCAGAGGGUACUCGCUUUACAAGACGCCUUGAAAGACCACAAGGAGAUGGCCACCCGGUUUCAAAGCAUCACGGACGGCGCCAAGACGGUCAGAGGGUACAAAGAAAAGUUUCUCCAGGCCAUCAAGCUCAACGCCGAGGCGCAGUUUUCCGAGGCCAGGGCCGAGUUCCUCGAGGAUCCGACCCAGCUGUCUCAGGCACUGCAGUGGUAUUUCAACGACCUUAACGCGGUCAAAAUAGGCAUGGCCCCGUUGGUGCCCAAGAAAUGGCACAUCCUCAAGACCUACGGCCGCGUCUACCACGGCCUCAUGCGCGACUUCCUUGUCGGCAUCGUCGACGAUCCCGAGGCCAGCCCCGGCCACACGCUCGAGAUUAUCGGCUACACCGACAAGUACUACAAGAGGAUGGCCAAGCUCGGCUUCCGGCAGGACGAGCUUACCCCCCACGUCAUCGACUCGCGCGAGGCCGAGCUCGUCCGGGAGUUCCGGCAACUCAUCAUCAAAUUCCUCGACGAGUGGAUCGACCGCAUCUUCACCCAGGAGAAGAAGGAUUUCGCCGAACGGAACGUCGAAGGGUCCAACCUGGACCAGGACGAGUACGGCUACUUCCGCACCAGGAACCUGGUCGACAUGUGGCGGAUGUUGCGGGAACAGGUCGACGCCGCGGCCAACUCGAAGCGCGCCGACGUCGUCGAGGGCGUCAUCGAUGCCAUGUUCCUCCGCCUGCGGUCGCGGCAGCAGUCCUGGCAGGAGAUGCUCGAGGAAGAGGCCGUCAAGUACGAGACGGGCAAGGCGCCGGACCUGGACGGGUUCCAGGCCCUGCAGGACUGGCUCGUCGGCACGGCCAACGACCAGAUCGCUUGCAUCGACGACAGCGAAGAGGAGAACAGGCUCGGGUAUCUGUCCGACUUCCGGCAAAAGUUCGAGCCUCUGGUGUCGCCGGCGUACAUGGAGCGUGCCGACGGCGAGAUCUUCAUGCUGCGAGACGGCUACGUUGACUUUAGCACGUGGUGCAUCACGACAUUCGUCCGGCUCAUUUUCGCCGUCGACUUCAAGGCGGUCAUGCCCGAUUUCUUCACCCCCAAGUGGUACACCAGCACGGCCAUGAAGCAGAUGACCGUGACCUUUGAGGAGUACGUCGGCGACUACCGGCAGGUCCUCCACCAUUCGCUCGUCGAUAUCUUCACCGAGAUCUUCGCCGACGAGCUGCUCGUCCGCUACCUGACGUCCGUGCGGAACAAGGGCGCCAAAUUCAAGCGGGCGGACCCGUUCCAGGACAAGAUCUUCAACGACAUCAAGACCGCCUUCGACUACUUCAGCAGCUUGCCCAACCCGGACAUCGGCAACUCGGUGAAACAGACGUGGAGGGCCACCGAGUAUUUCCUCCAACUGCUCACCGUGGAGAAAGAUGCAGUCCCCGAUGCGUUUGAAAGAUUUAAGACGGCUUAUUGGGACUUGCAAAUCACCUGGGUCGAGGCCGUCCUUAGGUCUCGGGACGACUUUGAGAGAGCCAUGCUCAAUGCCGUCAAGGCGAGGGCAGCCCAGCUUGACGUGCCUCGCACGGGAGAGACGAUCAUGGGCAAAGUCAAAUAA